AUGCUGGAUAAACCUAACCCAGGCUGUGCCCCAUCAUCCCGGGUUAGGGUUAGGCCCGCUUUAGCCCGCUUUAGCCCGCUUCAGCCCGCCUCCCCUCUCUGUCCGCAGCUCUUCCUGUUCCAGCUGCUCAGAGGCCUGUCCUACUGCCACCGGAGGAAGGUCCUCCACCGGGACCUGAAGCCCCAGAACCUGCUCAUCAACGAGCGGGGAGAGCUGAAGCUGGCCGACUUUGGAUUUAUUGUAACGAGUAUCGGGGCCGUUUCAGGUUUGGCCCGAGCCAAGUCCAUCCCCACGAAGACGUACUCCAACGAGAUGGCCACCGGCCGGCCUCUGUUCCCCGGGUCCACCGUGGAGGAGGAGCUCCACUUCAUCUUCAAGCUGCUGGGCACGCCCACCGAGCAGAGCUGGCCCGGAAUCGGCUCCAACCAGGAGUUUGUGGCGUUUAACUACCCCCAGUACAGAGCGGAGACCCUGAGCAACCACACCCCCAGGCUCAGCAGUGAAGGCGUGGAGCUGUUGGCAAAGUUCCUCCAGUUUGAAGGGAAGAAGAGGAUCUCAGCAGAGGAAUCGAUGAAACACUCCUACUUCAGUUCGUUUGGAACCAGAGUGGCAUCGCUUCCUGACACAACUUCCAUCUUCAGCCUGCCCGAGAUUCAACUGGAGAAAGAGACCAUGAGGAAGACGGCAACACCAGACCCAGGUAACACCCAACAUCACAGGGAGAUGAUGACCCUAACCCUAACCCUAAUCCUAACCCUAACCCUUAUUAACUUAACGGACCCCUAA